CCCCUCCCGCAUGCUCAGUGCUCCAGUGUCAGGCAGCAUGGCCGAGCCCGGCUCCCAGCAGCAGGAUGAGGGUUACUCUCAGUUCGUGGCCUUGCACCAGGCGGCUCUCCUGGCAUCGGGGGUCCCGCAGUUUUACUGGCCGAGCCUGCACCGGAAGAUAGAAGGAGAGCUCUUUGAUGCUGGGGAAAUGUUUGGAAUAAUGCAGGUGGAAGAGGCUGAGGAGGAAGAGGAGGAGGAAGAACGGGCAGAAAUUGAAAGAGAACUGAAAAAGAAACCAAACCCUGGAACAGAACCAUCUUUUAAAGUAAUUGUCACCAAUGAGCACGGGCUGAGCGCCACUGACCCUAACUGCAUUUUUCUUAUUGACCACGCAUGGACAUACCGUAUGGAGCAUGCUCGGCACCAGCUAAUAGAAGUUCCUGGCCUCCUUCAUCGUAUGGCCAACCUCAUGGGCAUUGAGUUUCAUGGAGAAGCUCCAGAUGCGGACGUGGUGGAGUUUGUUCUGAAGGAAAUGUGGAAAUAUAACCAGACGUAUCGGCUUUCACAUGGGACCGCAGAGGAGAAAGUUCCAGUCUGGUAUAUAAUGGACGAAUUUGGGUCUAGAAUUCAGCACUCAGAUGAGCCAACAUUUGGAACUGCUCCAUUUUACUACAUCCCCCAUCAGCUAGCAUACACUAUACUGUGGCCCCUCAGGGACAUGAGCAAUGGAGAGGAAGUAUCCCGUGAUUAUGCUUAUGGAGAGACCAAUCCUUUGAUACGGAGCUGUCUGCUUUUACCUUGGCAGCCUGUGGAUCUUGCCCACAUUAAUCACCAAACACCGGAACCCUCUGAGGCCCAUUAUCAGGCUAUUUUUUCAAAGAAUAAAGAGUCUCUGCCUCUUCCUGUGGAGCCUCCAUUACAUGACAAGAGUAAAAUUUUUAAAGUUUACACAGAUAUGCAGCAAGUGCUAAAUGGCGUGAACCACCAUCGAUUUGCAUUCACAGACAACGAGAAAGAAGCUGACAUUCUCUUCAACUUCUCCCAUUUCAAAGAUUACAAGACACUCAGCACAGAGAGACCUCAUGUCCUACUCAAUCAGUUCCCUUGUGAGAAUCUUUUGACUGUAAAGGAUUGCCUCGCGUCCAUCUCUAGGAGGAUUCGAGGACCAGAAGGUCCAAAAUGGCUGCCACGUACCUUUAAUCUGAAGACAGAGCUCCCGCACUUUAUCAGCUACUUCAAACAGCGUGAGGAAAGAGGGGAAGACAAUCACUGGAUCUGUAAGCCGUGGAACCUUGCCCGUAGUCUGGACACGCAUGUCACAACCAACCUGUCUUACAUCAUACGACAGAGGGAGAGCACUCCAAAGGUUGUGUCCAAAUACAUAGAGAAUCCAGUACUUUUUUAUCGGGAUGAUGUUGGGAUGGUGAAAUUUGACAUCCGUUAUGUGGUACUUCUCCGUUCUGUACGACCCCUCAAGGUCUAUGUCUACAAUGUCUUCUGGCUUAGAUUUGCUAACAGGCCAUUCACACUCGAUGACUUGGAUGACUAUGAGAAGCACUUCACUGUCAUGAAUUAUGCUUCCAAAGUGCAACUGAAGCAGAUUCAUUGUGAUGAAUUUAUUACCAUGUUCGAGAAGCAGUAUCCUGAAUAUCCCUGGAAGUCUAUUGAGAAUGAAUUAUUUAAAACCUUUGGAGAACUAUUUCAAGCAGCAACCUCCAAGCCUGCCCCACUUGGGAUCUGUGAUUACCAGUCAUCCCGAGCCAUCUAUGCUAUAGACCUGAUGCUGAAGUGGGACACCGACAGUGACGGAAAGCGGGUGAUGCAACCACAGAUUCUAGAAGUGAACUUUAACCCCGACUGCACCAGGGCCUGCAAGUACCAUCCAACUUUUUUCAAUGAUGUCUUCAGCACACUGUUCUUAGACGAAACAGGACAAUUGCCAUGUAACCCCAUCCUUUAAUGAUGUUUGAGCUGCUAGAUGCUUUAAUUGGAAAUUAUAUCCCCUAUAUAUCGUAAUAUGCGUCACAUAUAAUGCUAUUGUAUAUAUUCCUAUACAGCUCAUAUGAAUAUCAAGAUAUUACUGCUUUUUUAAAGGGGUUGGCUUUUCUUUCCCUGAUACAAUGCAAAUCUUGUCUAUUAGACUGUGUCUGGUAUUGUAGACCAGCCUAAUUCACUGCAAUACUAAACACAGCCUAUGGACAAUAGGGGCACUGUUUUAGGGUACUUUUACACUAGCGUUUUUGUUUUCCGGUAUUGAGUUCCCGUCACAGGGCUCAAUACCGGGAAAAAAACUGAUCAGUUUUAUCCUAAUGCAUUCUGAAUGGAGAGCAAUUCGUUCAGGAUGCAUCAGUUCAGUCCUUCUUACGUUUUUUGGACGCGAGAAAAUACCGCAGCAUGCUGCCAAAUACCACAGUCUCCAGCCAAAAACUACUGAUCACUUGUCGGAAUGCCAAAUCCGGCAUUUAAUUUACAUGGAAGUGUAUUAGUGCCGGAUCCGGCAUUAAGUGUUCGGCAAAACGGAUCCGGCUUUCCGGUCUGCACAUGCGCAGACCUUUAAAAAUGCAAAAAAAAAUAAUACCAGAUCCGUUUUUCCGGGUGACACCAGAGAGACGGAUCCGGUAUUUCAAUGCAUCUGUCAGACAGAACUGCCUGCCGGAAUCUCUGCCGCAAGUGGAAAAGUACCCUUAAUGGAAGGAAUUAGUUUUUUAAUCUCAUAAAACCCUGUAAAGAUUUUCUUCCUGUAGCAAAUCGUAAAGAGCCAUGCCAUUGUUUUCAGCUGCCAUAGCUAAAAGGGGGAGACCAAGCAAGAUAAAAAACGCCCUUCCUCCUUUAGACCCAAACAUGAUCUAGAAGGGCAUGUGAAAUUAGGUUUUGUUUCUGUUCUUGGUUUUCUUAUAUGAGGUAUAGUCAUUGCAUUUCUGAUAUUUUAUGCAGUUUUUGUUCUGUCCUUUGAUACGUUGAAGAUUUUGAACUGUCAUUUAGUUCCAGGCCAACGUUUAUUGAACUCAAGAGCUGGAGACUUCACGGUUGCAUGUCCCUGGCUUCAGAAAAAAGAGCUCUAAUUGUUCAAGCAGUGUUUCAUACACUGCACAAAUAUCUCUGCUUUUCAUAUUUACACAUGCUUGUUACUUUGUUGUAUUCCAGGAAAGUAAACUGUAUUCAUAUAACU